AUGUCAAUCUAUUUCCUCGCGUGCUACCCGACAGAGGAGCAAGCCGAAGGGAAGUUUGGUUGUAGCGAUCGAACGUGGCGAAACUGGGUGUGGGAAAUUGUCGAAAAGAUUGCAUUGCUGAAGCCUGAAAUCAUUGUCUGGCCGACGAAAUGGAACAACCCAGACAAUCCAGAAGACCCUGAUUCUGAAACUAUCUUCAUUAUCACCGUUGAUGGCACCCACUGCCGCAUUGAGGAGCCAACACAUGAAGCAUUCUCCGAAAACACCAAAUACUACUCUCACAAAUUCAAGUCUGCAGCUUACGACUAUGAGGUUGCAUUGUCCGUCUUUGAAGACAGGUGCGUUUGGGUGGCAGGCCCUUACCCUGCUGGGACGCCUGAUAUCACAAUUUUCCGCCACAAGCUGAAGGCUAAGAUUCUGGAGUCUCGAGCGGCAAGUGGUGUCAUGCAUCGGGCCAUUGGUGACAAAGGAUACCGGGGAGAGAGGGGUGUACUUUCUAUUGUUAGCUCCGCGGAUACGGAUGCAGUGAGAAAGUUUAAAGCUCGUGUUCUGUCCCGGCAAGAAGUCUUCAACAGCCGAUUGAAGUGCUUUGAUGUCUUGGAGGACUGCUUUCGGCACACGGGGCUCCCUGGUGACAAGGGGCCGGCUCGUUACCGCGAGGUCACGGGGUCGGAGGUGAAGCACCAGCUCUGCUUUGACUCCUGCGCCGUCAUUUGCCAGCUACAAUUGGAGUGCGGGUUCCCGCUUUUUAGAGCCUAA